CUCGUACGUAAGUAGUAGUCAAGACCCACACUCUUAACAAAAGACAGACACCGUCUGCUAUAUCUGCCAUGUUAAAUAUUUGAAACUUCAUAAAAAGUAUAAAAGAUGCACGAAGAAAGAGUCGAUGUUUCCAUCGUAAGAAAAUCCUUUCAACAUUUCUCAUGGAUAGAUUAUUCAGUGUUCGUAGUAAUGUUAACAAUAUGUGGAGGAAUCGGCAUUUAUUUCGGAUUUGUGAAGAAACAGAAGUCGACACAUGAUUAUCUGAUGGGCGGGAGGAAUAUGAAGCUGGUUCCUGUCUGCUUCUCAUUGGUGGCCAGUUUCAUAUCAGGAAUAUCUUUACUUGGUACUCCGACGGAGAUGUAUGUCUACGGAACCGCGUACUUAUUCUUCCUUAUUGGAGCUGUUCUGAUGUCUGUGAUCAUAUUUCAUACCUUCCUCCCAGUGCUGCAUGAAUUAAAGUUGACUUCAGCUUACGAGUAUUUAGAACUCCGAUAUGAUAAACGACUCAGAGUUUUUGGAUCUGUUAUAUUUAGCGUGUAUUUGAUAGCAUGGCUACCUAUAGUCAUUUAUGUUCCAGCUUUGGCCUUCAAUCAAGUAACUGGUGUAAAUAUACACAUUGUAACACCGAUAGUGUGUUUUGUAUGCAUAUUUUAUACUUGUUUGGGUGGUCUCAAAGCUGUUGUAUGGACAGACGUAAUUCAGACAAUAGUUAUGGUGGGAGCCAUGAUACUCGUCAAUAUAAAAGGUUCAAUCAUCGUUGGUGGAUUCGAUGAAGUUGUUAUGAAAAGUUGGAAUACAAGUCGUAUUGAAUUACCUACGGUCUCGUUUGACUUGACUGAGAGACAUUCUAUUUGGUCAGUGUCCAUCGGGUCAAUGUUCUACUGGAUUGGAAAUAUUGCCGUCAAUCAGGCAAUGAUGCAGAGGUUCUUAUCUUUGCCAGACUUAAAACAGUCCAGAAGAGCUGUAUGGGGCUUCCUCGGUGGUAUAACAGUGAUAGUGUUGAUAUGCGCAUUCAGCGGUUUAGUAGCGUUCGCGAGGUACUACGACUGUGACCCGUUAAAUUCCAAGCUGGCGCUGGCCAAGGACCAGAUCCUACCUUUGCUGGUCAUGGAUGUCCUGUCGGAGUGGAAAGGAAUGCCUGGGAUCUUUGUAGCUGGAGUAUUUAGCGCUGCUUUGAGCUCCUUGUCUACUGGACUUAACUCAAUGUCAGCGGUGGUGUUGGAAGAUUUCUGGAAGCCUUUCUUCAAGCCGCUGACCCAUAAGCAGACACUAAUACUUGUGAGAGCCGUCGUGGUUAUUCUAGGAGCGGUUUGUGUAGCUUUAGUAUUCGUGGUUGAGAGAUUGGGUUCAGUACUACAGCUAACCAUGAGUCUUUCUUCUGCGUCAAUGGGACCCCUAGCUGGGAUAUUUAUAAUGGGAAUAUUUUUACCUUUCAUGAACUCAACGUGUGCUCUAGGAGGUGGGGUAACUGGGUUGGUAUCAGCGUGGUGGCUCGUGGCUCAAUCUCAGCUGGCCCAGGCCAGGGGAUCUCUUCGCUUCAGUGAAAAGGACAGAUUCACUCACAAUUGCACUUAUGACUUUGACCAGCUUGUUACGAAUACAGAUUACGCUAAUAGUGAAAUACCAUACUUGUAUCGCAUCUCGUACUUGUGGGUUACUGCGUUUGGUUGUAUUGUUACCAUAGUCGUAGCGUGUGUUGGAAGUAUUUUGAGUAGUAGACCUUCACAUGACGAUGAACGACUUUUUGCGCCUAUCGUAAGAAAAUGGCUGAGAAGAAAGAAGAGAGAAAAUAAUCUUCAUUUGCACGAUGCCAAUUCUUAUGCUUAAUUAAUAAGACAUAACUUAAAAAGUUUAAUUUGUCUCCUAUAAAACUCCAAAACCUGUAGUUAAUUAAAGUUUAAAACAUUGCAUAAAUAUUCAAAUCACGCCAUUGAAUGAAUA